AUGUUUAACGAGCUUGACACAAACUGCACAAUUUUCGAUGGGAGCUCAUUCACGCAAGGCCCGAACACACAAACCAAACACAUGUUUGGCUCGAUGGUCACGUUUUUUGACGGAAAUCCGAUGAUCCUCGGUGGGUAUAAAGGCUUCGGACAAGAUGAAGUCGCUGUUGAAAAACUUGGAGAGUCAAGUUGGACUUCGAUGCCACCAAUGCCAACACCCCUAAGGUUAUUCUCAGCAGUGGCGGUUAAUUUAGGUCCAGGGCACCAGGCAAUCUGGGUAUUUGGAGGAAUUACUGGAAUCGAUGAUGUUUCUCAGUCGAGUUCAUUCUACUUUCAGAAUAAUGUUUGGACGCCCGGCCCAGAUAUGCUGAGGCCACGGCAUGGUCAUAGAACCAUCAAAUACUCUAUAAACGAGAAGCCUGUCCUACUCCACAUCGGCGGCGACAUGGUAAAAAACGACACUCUCCCGGUAGAGAGCUUCGACAUCCACACAACUAGCUCGCACGAUUUAAACCUACAACUUGCUUUCUAUACCGACUUUCCAGAGGUCUUCUAUGUACCCCCAAAUAUUUGCUCAUAA